UAUUGGAUUAGUUCCGGUAUAUAUAUCGCAUGUAAUAAUAACGAGCCUUGAACAGGUGUACGUGAGCUGCAUGUACAAUGUCCAUAGCAGGUGAAGAUAAAGUGCUUCAGAAUGAGUUGUAAUUUUUUAAUCCUAGUUACUUUACCUUUGUCUGUGUGAUGAAACUAUGGAUUGGAUAACUAACUGUUCAACUGUUGUAGUUGCCUCUGUCUUAGCCACUUUUCAGCUAAAUUUAUUGAUGCUGAAUUGGUGAAUUACCUGCGACACCAUGCACAAGUAUCGAAUCCUUGGGAAGAAGGGUGAGGGAACCUUUUCAGAGGUUCUAAAGUGUCAACACAUCAAGGAUGGGACCUACUACGCCUGCAAGAAGAUGAAACAAACUUAUGACAGUUUGGAACAAGUCAAUAACCUGCGAGAGAUCCAGGCCAUGAGGAGGCUGAGUCCGCACGAGAACAUCCUGGAGCUCAUUGAAGUCAUCUUUGAUAAAAAGACAGGGACCCUGGCUUUACUAUGUGAGCUAAUGGAUAUGAAUAUAUACGAGUUAAUACGAGGGAGACGGCAUUAUCUGGCUGAAAUGAAGGUGAAAUCGUACAUGUAUCAGUUACUGAAAUCCCUGGAUCACAUGCACCGAAAUGGAAUAUUUCACAGAGAUGUCAAGCCAGAAAACAUACUUAUUAAGCUGGCCCGAGAAAAGGAUGACUUGUUGAAGUUGGCAGAUUUUGGUUCAUGUCGUAGUGUAUACUCCAAGCAACCCUACACAGAGUAUAUAUCAACAAGAUGGUAUAGGGCCCCUGAGUGCCUCUUAACAGAUGGGUAUUACACGUACAAGAUGGAUCUCUGGAGUGUGGGCUGUGUCUUCUUUGAAGUCAUGAGCCUACAUCCGUUGUUUCCUGGUGCCAAUGAGGUGGAUCAGAUUGCUAAGAUUCACGACAUCAUGGGAACACCGGAUGCCAGCAUUCUUAACAAACUCAGAAACAAAACGCGAGGAAUGAACUUCAACUUCCCACCCAAGAAAGGCUCAGGGAUUCAGAAGUUGCUGCCCCACGCAUCGCCGGAGAGCAUUGAGCUGAUGUUCCAGCUCUGCACGUAUGACCCGGAUGAGAGAAUAUCAGCCAAGCAGGCCCUGAGACAUCCCUACUUCAAGGACCUCAGAGAGGCAGACAAGAGGAAGCACCAACAGGCCACGUCCAAGAAGGCUGAAGAGGAGUCCGGGAAGAUGUCACCCAACUCGAUGGAGGAGACGCACGCUAAGACCACUAACAACAACCACAUCAUCACCACCAAGGAGGUGGAUGCAACUUACCAACCGCAGCAGAGAAGAAGAAGGAAACCCCGUCGGUUCCAGGAGACCGACAAGACCUACCACACCACCCUCCUGCCCAAGGUGGCCCAGUCCAACCAGCUCACGACCUCCAACGUGACCAGUUUCCCCACCAUGUCCUCCUUUCCUUCCUCCACCUUCCCUAAGCUGCACACGGGUCCGUCCAUGCUGCCCAGCAUAGCCAACACCCACUACAACAAGCACCACCAGCACACCAAAAAGUCCACCUCCUUCCAGGAACCCACAAAAUCAAUGUACGGCCACUAUCAGCUUCCGUCCAUACACAAAGGAAAAGGGACGCAAUUCUGAGCGAGUGGACCCUCCCCGCCCUGCCCCACCUUGGUUAGUGAUGUCUUCCUCGAGCGUUGUCAUCAGUUACCAUGGAAACACAUUCUCUGGUUCCUUGAGCUGUGUUUGUGUCAUUCCGUGUUCCGCGUUUUUAAGCCUGUCUUGGAAUGAACGGAAGAAGAGACUAAAGUGAAGUUUGCUGGUGACAUGUUUACUUGUUCAAUGGAAGCAGGAAGUAUUGUUCCUUAGGAAGUAUUGAAGUUGCAGUGCACCGGAUAUUUCUUAAGAUAAAAGAGUUAUCUUCUUGAUGUUGGCCUAAAUUCUGGAUCGAAAUAGACUCUGCAAGUGAGUUUCGCAGGCACAUCGUCAAAGUUGAUACAUUCUGACCGACUUUUAUGGAAUGAUCUACCGUUACCAUACUGGAACUACCGUGUAAACAGUGACUGAAGGAUUCCCCCCCCCCACAAAUCAGAUGAAUGCAGUACAAUUAAAUCAGAGUGUCAUCAUUAACAAACGUGGUGUGUGGAAGCGUGGAUGUGUGCAUCCUAACACUCAUUUGCCUAUUUGAAGCAUGGCGGACACAGUAGGAAGGUACUAUUUGAAGUGGUUAAGUUCUGAGUAAACAUGGAAGAUUUUACCCAACCCAAAUAACGCCCUCGUAGUGUGUCCGCCAUACUUUAUAUUGGUUGAUUACCUACAUUUUAGUGUCAUAAAACCGAGGCUGAUAUGAACAUGCGUGCAGUAUCAUAACUUGACCAUAGCUGCACUUUUUAUGACCUCUCGUAAUUUGAUGUUCUCAAAAUGUGAAUCGCUAAUUGACCUCACCUUUUUAACAUUCCUUUUGAUAUUUUUUACAUUAAUUUAUAUGUAAAAUGUGUGUGGAAGGCCAUUGGGAACACACAUCACACUUUACAUCUUAAUAGGGUUUCUCAUUUCCAAUCUCCAGAGUGUGUAGGGUUUACUUGUGGAGAAAGAAAUAACGGUUGAGAGCGUACUUGAGUGUUUAAAGUAGGAGAAAUGGAUGCCAUAUUAGCCAAUGCCCACAUUAUGCAGUAACACUUUGAAUGUGCAGAGCUACAUGUAAUCAGUGGUGUAACUAUGGGGGGGGUGAAGCAUUCCUUACCCUUUGCAGGUCCCCACCCCCAUUUGAAAUUAAUGUACACAUCUUAUGGAUAACCUUCAGUUUAGUUGCUUUCACAGGUACCUCCCCAGAAACUUUACUCCAGCUAUGUCGCUGGAGCUGUUGAAACAACGGUCUAGUCACUGCCUCUAGAAAUGAGUAUAUACCGUGCACUGGUAAAGAAAAUGAUCAUGUGCAUGAUGUGCAUGGUUGUUUUGAAGCCACCACGUCAUGCACAUUGUGUUAAUAGUAACCAAAUGGGGCAUAUAGAUACUCCUUUCACAUGUAUCUCUCCCCUUGAACAUUGUUGUCAUGUUCUCACAUUAUGCUCAGAGCACGUAGUGACAUGUACGGACCUCAUCAAGUCCAGUAAAUGAGAGAUUUUUUUUUUGAAUUGGAAGUACUGUACAUGUUUCUCUGUUGAGUAUACGUUUUACAAAAGACUAACUCAUUGUGAAGCAAGGCACACUGUGAAGGAGUGUCUAUGGGUACAUUUGUAGUACUUGCAUGCAAGGGGUGGAUCCAGGGUCACAUGGGAAAGAAACAAAAAUUUGGAACUGAUGUAACCCUUUUAUGGCCUUUCGGAGGGAUGAGGGCUUUAUUUUGGGACUUUCUAUGUGCUUUUAGACAAAAGGAAUGUAAAUAGACCCAAAAAUCACCUUCUGUGCAUUUUUUUCAAAAAGGGUUUUGCUCUAUUUGGGAGGGGAUGGCCCCGUUGGACCCUUGGAUCCACCAAUGCAUGUAUGGUUCGUAGAGAACAACUUUCUUGUACAUUCUAAUAAUGUAUAGAAAAAGCUUUUAAUUGUGUAUAUAUGUAUUGAAGAGAUUCUGUAUGUAUAAACUAUUUUGCUUGUUGAUUACUUGCAAUUUUUAAAAAAAAAAUUUUUAGUUAA